CUAUUUAUUUUCGGGCCAUUUCGGUAGAAAACUGGUCGCAUUCUGCAGCCAGAUUUUUCAAAUGUUGUGAGCCAUUUUAGAAAUUCUGUGGUCGUUUUUCUCGAUAACUUGAUGUUCAUGUGACGGACGGUAAAACUACCACCAGGAGAGUGAACUCGCCACAACCUACUUCUACAGUGGGACUGGGCUAUUGGACGCCAGCAUGAACAGCGCUGACCCCACGCCGGACCUACGGGCGGGGCGUAAAAAGGGUGACAGGAGACGUUUCGACAGCGCAUCCAUUGCGUCAUCGUGUGGAAGACCAGAGAACGAGGUCUCGACGAUUCCAUACAGGUCAAGGGCACUACGCGACCCUGAAGGUCUCGUGCUGGUGUCGCAGCCCCACCCAGGCUUCAUAUACCCAGGGUACCCUCCCCUGGCCCCAGCCUUUGUACCUUUCGAUCCAAUCCUGACACCGGAAACGGAAAAACGUCCGAAACACAGGGGAAGAAACCCAUACGACAACCUACAGACCCUGAAACUAAGGCAGAUUGUCAUCUUCAUGGCCAGUGCCUUCAUCGUUGCCUUCUUCAUUGUUAUAUUUGUUGCUGUUUACUUUGGUCGAGGUUUCGAGACCAAUGUAAACACAUAAAAAUACUGAAAACCAUUUUUUUCUUUACAUUCAAAGUGCAUGUCGUGAUCAGUUAUGGGCAAAAUGUAGACCUAUGUACAUAUUUUAAAAUACACUUCUGUGCCUAAGCUAGUUUUUGUAAGUAAAAGAUAAAUAAUAUUUACAAAAACCCCACAUUAUUUAAAACUUUCUUUACACUGUAACCAACAGCGCUAGAGAUUUUAUUGGAAAUAAAUAUAAUUUCUCGCAGUUAUUCUACCAGGGGAGACAAUCUUCAAUGCCCUCAGAUCAACAGAUCACUAAUAAAGUUUGUCUUCAAAUUGUGCCUGGUGCAAUCUUAAUAUUUUUAAAAAAAUGGGUCUGAAUCACAAUGCUAAGGUUUGAAAAUUCCCCAAUGCAUGACAAAUGCUCUGGCACAGCUAUGUCACUCCAAAGCAAGAUAAGAAUCUUUAACACAAAUUUUAAGGCAGUAUUGCUUUAUUGCUCGGAGACUGGAGGGUGACCCAAAAGAAAUACAGACAGGCUGCAUGUGUUUACACACAGAUGUCUACGACAGAUCCUCAAACAAGUUGGUCAGACAAAAUAUCCAACAAACAUCAUGUGGCAACACACAAAACAACAGCCAAUAGACAGGAUAUUAGAGCCUGUCAGUGUGGAGGAUUGGUCAUACCCUGAGAAGGGGAGAGAAUAACAUCUAGAGGAAGGCAUUAGACUGGAAUUCUCAUAGGAAGAGGAAAGUAGGCCGGUCAAGGAAAUCCUGGAGAAGGGCUACAGGCAAUGGCUACAGGCUCACAUGGUACAAAUAAAGAGGACCGCUCACAGAAGAGUUUGAUGGAGAGGUGUGUUUGCAGCCCUUUGCUCCUCAGGGGUCCAAAGGUAUAAGACGUGACAAAUGUUCUUACUUGUAAC